GUUCGGCGAGCUAUGCUCGACUUGAAAGCCUCGACAGCAAGGCCGUCAAGUGAGCAACACAAUCACUGAUGAGAUGCUCAAGAGGGAAGACGGAGGGCAGAUCGCAAAGUGUCGGCUGAUGCGAUGCACCCUUUGUACUGUGCGGAGUGGUGGGCCAAUGGGUGGGAAACCGAAAGCGGGAUGCAAGAAGGGUGCGAGCGACUGGAGCUUUGCGAGCAGAGCGACCGACGCGCUGGAGGUGUGUUCGAUGCCGCUAAAUUAGCUCCGUUUUGGGGAGCAACAUGAACGGCUCCCUCGGCUCGUCCCCAGCCACCAACGAGUCAAGCCACGUCCAUCACGACUCUGGCCAUGUCGACUCGACGGUAAGUGAGAAGACGGUGCUGCCUCUCGUAAUGGAGAUGGUAGCAAACAAGCUGUCACUACACACGCGUAUAUGUAUGCUACAGUGUGCAAAAGCCACCUCAUUGGCGUGUCGUGGCUCUGACCGACUCGCGGAUCAAGCAUGUCCAUCCGGAAACAUGUCCAUCCGGAAACGCUUCCACUUCUACCGACUGCAGCCAAGGUGCAGAUGCAGCCAGCGACCAGCUGCAUCCACGACUCCACUGCAUGGCGGAAAGAGCUCUCGAAGCGCUCUUUAUGCAGGGUCCUAAUCCAAAGCUGUUACUUCCUGAUCAAGCUACAUCACGUGCAAAGACCAAUCCAUUAUACAGUACGCUCACGCUGAUGCACUCACCCCAUGCUCAUCUUGUAAACAUAAACACACAGUCGAGGCAGGAUACUGUCAGCUCCCGCCGCAGUAAUGGCCCGU